AUGCCGCCAGAGGAGGUAAGACACCAUAGUUUUCUAGUGAUAAUAUUUAAGUACGUCUGGAUAACAACAAUAAGGAACCCAGAGGAUCCAGACGAAGGAGCGCGCACCCUUAAGGGAAAAAUGGUUAACAGGUUUGUGGCGACGGAGCUCAGGCAGAAGAGGCUAAUGGGCCACUUGGGGGCUCCUGGCAGGGAAGAAAUCUACUGUGACAAGGACAGGGCCGCUGCGGUGGCCAUGGGUGACCAGGAUAUCAAGACUUCCCUCAAGGUGAAGAGGAAGAAGGAGCGCCGUCUGGUGCAGCCCGAAGACACCAACUCCUCUGUCCACUUGACGGAGGCACAGCGAGCCAUCACCAUGGGCAGGGUGGAGACGGCUCUCUCCUGUGCCCAGAAGGCGGUGGAGUGUGGGGGCGACCCGGCGUCCCUAGUGGUGAGGGGACGCUGCCACCUGCUGCUGGGGCACCUGGAGGAGGCGCUCGAGGAUGCCAGGGAGGCGCUCAAGAGGGACGCGUCGCUUGUCAAGGCUGUACUGGUGCAGGCGGAGGCGCUCUACGGGAUGGGGGAGUUCGAGAGAUCGCUGGUUCUCUUCCAUCGAGGUGCCCGCAAACGCCCAGACCUGACCUCCUUCACCCGAGGCGUCCACAAGGCACGCGAAGCCAUCAUCAACGCCAUUGGAGGAGACAAGUUCCCAGAAGCCGAGGAGCCGCUGACGGGGACGAGCCUGAGUGAUGGCACCGGGGGGUCAGGUCAGUCCCAGGCCACCUCCGUCCCCACCAUCUGCCUCACUGAAUCCAAGGGCUCCAAGUCCGCCUCCAAGCGUCUGCUGGGAGGCCUGAGUAAAGACAAGGAAUUCCUAGCGUCGCUCGUGGGUCGUCGGAGUCUCCGGCGGGAGGUUGUGACGGGCGUGGAGGCAAGCAGCCAGGCCACCUACUCAGGCUCUCAGGUGGCCGCCGUGGCCAAGGAGGCUCUCAUCUCCCUCCAGCACCUGGAGUCGUUCAUGUGGCAGCGUGAUCCUGGGGGCGGGAACACGAACCUGGGGGCAGCAGGGGGCGGCGGGGGAGGAGGCGGC